AUGUCAAGUGUACAAGAACAAGAUCAUAUUAAUGAUGUUAUGAUUAGUGACAAUGAGGAUGACGAUGUUGAGAUGGUAGAUUCUGUGAAUGUCUCUGCAACUGUUGGUUGUGAACCUAAACCUUUUUCAAGUGAAAAGAAAUCUAGACUUAGAUCUGAUGUUUGGGAAUUUUUUAAUCUUGUUGUAAAUAAAGAUGGAAAAAAGAAUGGAGUGUGUAAGGCUUGUAAUGCAUCAUAUAAAUAUGAUAGUCAAAAAGGUGGAACCUCAUCUAUGAGAAGGCAUGUCUGCCCUGAGCGUCAGUCUAAAGACAUAGGGCAGAUGAUGUUAUCUGCAAAGAAUGGCCUGUUGUCUUCCCGCAAAGAAUUUAGGGAUUUAUGUGCUUAUCUAAAUGAGGAUGCUAAACCAAUAUCAAGGAACACUGGGAAAGCUGAUGUUGUCAAAAAACAUAAAACACGAAAAGAAGGUAUUCGAAACAUAUUGAAACCUGCUCCAGGUAGGAUGUGUCUAACAUCAGACAUGUGGACUUCUGUCACGACUACAGGGUAUAUAAGCUUAACUAUGCACUUUCUUGAUCAAAAUUGGGAGUUAAAGAAGUAUCUUCUGAAUUUUUGUGAACUUCCACCACCUCAUACAGGUGAAAACCUAUCUGCCAAGCUAUUUGCAAUAAUAGAAAAUUGGGGAAUUGAACACAAAGUAUCCAACAUCACCUUGGAUAAUGCAGCAAAUAACGGAGUUUGUGCUAGAAUUAUGCAGAGCAGACUUGUUGCAAAGAAGAUCCUUUUUAACAAGGGAAAAUACUUUCAUGUGCGUUGUUGUGCUCAUAUCUUAGAUCUUAUUGUUAAAGAUGGACUUGUGAAGAUUGAUCCAUAUGUGCUCAAGAUAAGAAAGUCAGUGAAGUCCCUUAAAAAGUCCCAAGUAAGAAAACAAAAAUUCUUGGACAUUGUUGAUGCUUUAGGAAUGUCUGGAAUAGGAAGGGGUAUUCGCCAAGAUGUUAAAACAAGGUGGAAUUCAACUUAUCUCAUGUUAGACAGUUGUCUUGUGUAUAGAGGUGUUUUCUCUCAUUUGAAGGAGGUGGAUCCAGACUAUAAACACUGUCCAAAUGAUGAAGAAUGGGAGCAAAUUGACGUUGUCACAAAGUUUCUCAAGACGUUUUAUGAUCUUACAACUUUAUUUUCUGGUAGUAAGUAUCCUACUUCCAAUCUAUAUUUUGAAGGAGUCUGUCAAGUUCAGGUAUUACUAAAAAAAGAAAGCACAAAUGAAAUUGAAUUCAUUAGAGACAUGGUAAAAGAGAUGCAACAAAAAUUUGACAGUUAUUGGACAAACUUGAGUCCUAUAUUGGCUAUGGCACUUGUGUUAGAUCCCGGAUGUAAACUGCAAUAUCUAAACUUUGCUUACUCCAAAAUGUAUCCUGAUGUAAGAGAAUUAGAAAGUAAAGUUGAAGCUGUGCGUGAAACUAUGAAAAAACUUUAUAAUGAGUAUUACAUUUUUUCAAGAGCUUAUGGAACUGGAACUCAUAAUUUGGAUAUUCAAACUGGUGGGAAUUUUUGCCCAUCAAGGAAGUGA